UGCUUCAUUUGAAGACGAGUCGCGGUCGCGUUCACAUCUGGCAAGUAAUCUGCUUGCGUGUAUACAUAUUUGUGUGUGUGUGUAUGUGAGGAAUUUCAGCUGUGGGUGUAAAAUGUGAAACGAGCUUUUGCGUUUUAAGCUGAGACAGAAGAAAACAAACAAAUAAAACAAAAUUUAGUAAAGCUUGUUGUUCAUUUUAAUUUAAUUAAGUGCGAAAACGAAGAGCACAAAUUAAAGUUGAGAAAGUUUUUCGACUCUUGGUGUUAAAUUUAAAUGCGUUUAGUUUUUGGGUUGAGUCAAAAUAGAAAGUCUGGCAACGCGGAUUACACAAACAACGCGCAGCAACGUUAACGGUGUGCAAUUGACACAGGUGACCGGUUGGAUCAAAGGCAAUCAGGCAACCCUUGCCACAGCAAGCAACAACAACAACACCAAUAACAACAUGAUGAACGCCGCGAGACUAAUCUUGGCCAGCUGCCUGAUCAGCGCUGUGGCCAUCCAAAUGAGCUCAGCCUCGGCUAUACCCAUUUGGGAGUUUUUGUCGCGUAACGAAAAGAUGUCUUACCUGUACUCGACGUUCGCACAGCUGGUUAGCGUGCACUGCAAGACAACGGUGGGCGGCGGUCUUCCCGUGAACCAGUGCAAGCACAAUUUGCUCGGCUAUGGCUAUGAGAAAUUGCAGACAUUCUCCGAGGCGCAGCUGGAGGCACUCGAUCCGUACCAGCGCGAUGCCAAUGAGCUAAUCUGGGCAUCGAUUAUGCGGGAUCAUCCCAGCGCCACGCUGAUAACCACACGCAAGCCACAGCCAGUGCCCACGCCGCCGGCCUCCUCGCUCAUCAUACUCACGCAUCAGCAGCAGCCCCAACAGCAACAACAACAACAGCAGCAGCAGCCGCAGCAGCCGCAGCAGCAGAAUCCGCUCUUUGAGAGCAGCGGCAGCGAGCAUAAGCACAAAUAUGCCAUGGACAUGGACAUGGCCUAUGGCUAUGGCGGCGGCCAGGCCAAGGCAACAGUUCAGCAGUCUGAACUGCCCGCUGCCGCCGCUCUGACGGCAGAGCCGCCGCAAAGGUAUCUGAGCGGACCGCUGGUGAUACGCCUGCGUACCGAUGGCACGCCCGUGGAGGAGGACAAAGAUCGUCCGCUGCCGGUUGACGAUGAUCUGGAAACGUAUCGUUUGGCGCGCCCCAACAGACACCGCAAAAUAGCCACAAUUAGCGCACUCAAGCAGCAACAUUUUGCGGCCAUUGCACUGCAGCGGGAGCUGCAACCGCCGCAUCCACAGCAGGUGCGACGACAGUUCCGCCAGGCACAGACGCAGACGCAGUCCCAGCCACUGGCCAGCGCCGGCUACUACUACGGCAAGGGGCAGGCGUAAGUGCGGCGCAGGCUGCGUUCAGUUUAAUUUGUACUAGAUCCUAGUUAGAUGUAAGCAUUAUGAUUGAGUGCAUUGGAUGUCUGAGAGAGUUAUGAAUGUGAUAUAUUUGCAUGUGGAAUCUUCUGUGCUUUAAUUGAAUUUCGUAUUUGUGUAAAUGAUGUGACAACGUUUAAGUUUUUCCAUAAUUUUAUUUAUUUGUGUGCAUUAGCUAUAAGCUGAAAUAGAGAUUCUUAUAAACUAAAUAAA